AUGUCCGACCAGCUCGUAGAUAUCCAGCCCGGUGGCGAAAGCACCCAAUACGAAUCCAUCCGGGAAUACACAGUGACUCCAGCGAAGCAGACCGGGCAACUGGGUGGCAACUCUGCGCAUACGACAACCCAGAAGCCGGGAGUUUCGUACAGCAGUGAUGAUUCUGAACUGAAGGAAAAGGAAGACAGGAGAGAAGACGCCGAGCAGGCAAGGAAGUUGGCACUGGGAGAAGCCACUGCCGGUUCUUCGGGAUACACAGACAAAGGUACAGUCGAUCAUACUUUCUUUCUAUUGAAAUCCGUGGAUGAAAACAUUCGACAUCUGCGAUUAAAACCCGAGACCGGAGGUGACGCCGAGGCAGCGAAUAGGAGGGAGCAAGGAUAUGGCCCUGGUUCCGGGGUGGGGGCAUAA